AUGGAGGCCGCGGAGGCCGUGCUAUUCCUGCUGCUGCCCAUUGUGCUGUUGAGGCUGGCCAUCGUCAUAUACAAUGGUCAUGUCAUCCUCAUUCCUAGUACCAAAACUCGGCCUAACACUUUGUCUCCUCCUUUCUUGAACCUCCAACGUCGUGCCCUUGAUCCUGGUCCAGGACAAAGCAAUCAUUAUGAGUCCCGGCGGACUCGAUCCUCAUCCUCGAAGACCCAACCUGUCCCUCCGCGCUCUCCUGCCCCUCCCACCCUGCUCCCAACACCAGAAAAGAUCAAGCAUGCGCAUCCCAAUACUCCUUCUGCUCCGCCCAACUUGCUCAAGAACCUUGUCAAACAUGGCGUGCCCUCAAGCAACCCUGCUCUCAGUGCCGAAAAACCCACCGAGCUGCCCAAACACACGCUGUCUGUGAGAAAGAAACUGACCUGA